GCUUUGUUAUUAUCUUUGCAACUACACGCAGACGCAUAAGAGAAAAUUGAUCAAAGAUAUUAGAGAUUGAGAUGAACAAGAGUAAUCCUGCUGGUUCGGUGACUGGUUCGGAUAUAAUCGACGCAAAGAUCGAAGAACAUCAACUUUGUGGAUCCAAGAAGUGUCCUAGCUGCGGCCACAAGCUCGAAGGCAAACCACAGGAUUGGGUUGGUUUACCAGCAGGAGUGAAAUUUGACCCAACGGAUCAAGAAUUGAUAGAACAUUUAGAAGCGAAAGUCUUAGCUAAAGACUUUAAAUCUCACCCUCUCAUUGACGAAUUCAUCCCAACCAUUGAAGGCGAAGACGGCAUUUGCUACACUCACCCCGAGAAACUUCCUGGAGUGACCAGAGAUGGUUUAAGCCGACACUUCUUUCAUAGACCAUCAAAGGCGUACACGACGGGAACAAGAAAGCGAAGAAAGAUUCAAACGGAAUGUGACAAUAAUCUGCAAGGAAGUAGUAGCUCCGGUGAGACGAGGUGGCAUAAGACCGGUAAGACAAGGCCGGUUAUGGUAAACGGUAAACAAAAAGGUUGUAAGAAGAUUUUGGUUUUGUAUACCAAUUUUGGUAAGAAUCGAAAACCGGAGAAAACCAAUUGGGUAAUGCAUCAAUAUCAUUUGGGGACACAUGAGGAAGAGAAAGAAGGAGAACUUGUUGUGUCUAAGAUCUUUUAUCAAACUCAGCCUAGGCAAUGCAACUGGUCGUCAUCUACAUCGAGCUUGAACGCUUUAGGUGGAGGAGGCGGUGAAGCGAGUAGCGGCGGAGGCGGUGGAGAGUAUCAUAUGAGGAGAGAUAGUGGGACUACGAGUGGUGGGAGUUGUUCUUCGUCUAGAGAGAUUAUUAAUGUUAAUCCUCCAAAUCGAUCCGAUGAAAUAGGCGGCGUUGGUGGUGGCGUUAUGGCCGUAGCAGCUGCCGCUGCGGCGGUUGCGGCUGGGCUUCCGAGUUAUGCAAUGGAUCAACUCAGCUUUGUUCCGUUUAUGAAAAGCUUUGAUGAGGUGGCGAGGAGGGAAACUCCUCAGACCGGGCACGCUACAUGUGAGGAUGUAAUGGCAGAACAACAUCGUCAUCGUCAUCAAGCAUCAUCAUCAGCAUCACAUCAUAUGGCUCAUGAUCAUCACCAUCAUCAUCAUCAUCAACAACAACAACGGCAUCAUGCAUUCAACAUAAGCCAGCCAACACAUCCAAUAUCAACCAUUAUUUCUCCAUCUACUUCGCUUCACCAUGCCUCCAUUAAUAUCCUCGACGAGAAUCCUUAUCAUGUUCAUAGAAUCAUGCUCCCCAAUGAAAAUUACCAGACACAACAGCAACAACGUCAAGAAGGAGAUGAAGAACAUAAUGAUGGGAAGAUGGGAGGAAGGUCAGCUUCUGGAUUGGAAGAACUCAUAAUGGGCUGCACUUCUUCUACCACUCAUCAUGAUGUAAAAGAUGGGUCAUCAUCAAUGGGGAACCAACAAGAAGCAGAAUGGUUGAAGUACUCAACGUUUUGGCCAGCCCCUGACUCUUCUGACAACCAAGAUCAUCAUGGGUAAUUGUGCCAUUUUCCAGUCUGAUGAUCAUGUCGACCCACAUCACAAAAAGA